AAAAAAGACAUUUUCGUGACGGAGGGCUUUCGUACAGCCCUGGCGCGGCUGCGGCAUUGCACCCCACCCGGGGGCUCCCUGCCAAAUACACCAAAUCCACCAUCUACCCCCGAGCAUAAAGUUCACGAAUGUGGGGACAAUCGAAGCUCAUCGGUGAAGGGUGUAAAAGGCAGUGGAACAAAUGUGGGGGAGUCGCAGUCGCGCAGAUCAAAUAAUCAUGCGACUGAUAAUUUUAUCAAAGACAGUGAUUUUUUGGCACAUGCAGCAUCAGCAUUACGUAGAUUACAUUUUAAAUCAGCUGGUGGUAGUCGUAGUUGUCGUACUGUACCAAAAGUCGUUGUUAGAGGUUCAAGUACUGCAUCAGAAACAACAAUAAACACAAGUACAGAUAGUGCUGCGACUGUUGUAACAAUGGUGACAACAACAGACAGUGAACAACGUGAUGACAGUCUGGAUCUGAUAGAUGAACCAUCUGAAAUGUCACCUCCAUCAUCAAAAGGAAAACCAACAUCACCACCAUCAGUAAAAAAUGAACAUAAUAACUUGGAAGUUAUAAGUAAAAAUAAAAUGACCAAUUGUAACAAACAAUCAACAUCUCCAGCAUCACCUGGAGAUGUCACAUUAACAAGUAGUCCAGUAAAUGGUAGUGGUGCACCACCACCAACUCCAUUAAUUGGUGCUAGACAUGAAAAUAGAUUUACUUUUGGUAGUGGAAGAACACCAGCAUUACCUGAGCUAAAAACAUCUGAUUUUUUCAGCACACCAGUAAGAGGUUCAGUGGAUGCUGGUCAACCAGAUCCACAACAUUUAAAUACAUUAUUAUCAUUGAUAGCUAAAGAAACAACUGUUGAAGAAGAAGUUAUACAAAAUCAUAUUAAUGUUACUGUUGUAACUAAAAAAAAUAAUAAUACACAAUCAUUUAAAAGAGAUAGAAAAUCAUUAAAAACACCGACCAAACCAAGUAUUAAUGUUACGACAAAUCCACUUGACAUAUCAUUGUGUAAUUCACAAUCAGAAAAUAUUGCACAAUCAUCAACUGGUGCAAGAGGAAGAGGAAGACAACCAGAAUGUCAUUCCUUCGUUUCAGCCAUACAUUCAUGGGUCAGCCUCCUUUUCCCGUUUUGUGCAAUAGGUGAUGUUCCAGUAGCAUGGAAAAAUGCUAUAUCAAUACCAGCAGCUAAAGUACCACAUCCUAAAGAGCCUGCUCACUUUCGUGGAAUAGUUUUGUUACCAAUUUUGUCAAAAUUAUUAGAAAGAAUUGUUCAUGAUCAACUCUCAACAUUUCUAAAUAAAAAGAGAAAAUCUGCUAGACAAAAUUAUCAAACUGGUUUUAAAAUAUUUGAUUAUAGAUACGGUAGUCCACAUCACAGUAGAUCACAAUCAGUUAAAACUCCAGGGAGCAGAUCAUCUGGACGACCAAAUUAUCUAUGUCUUCCACAACAAAGAUCAAGAGUUGCAAGUAUGCCAAAUACUGGAGUUGAGGAAGAAUAUUACAGACUAAGGCACUUUAGUAUAACAGGAAAGGGAAUUGUCAAUCGUGGUGAUUCGCUUAAAAGCCGACGAUCACGUUCUAACAACAGUGUUGCCUCAAGCAACUCUAGUACAGAACAUUUAACAGCUUCAUAUCCUGGAUCAGCAAGAAAUUCAGCAGCUGGAUCAUUAGCAAGUUCACGUGAAAGUAGUGCUUCACAAGGUACAGUACCAUUUCGUGUUUUGAUGUUGGGUGCACCAUCUGUAGGAAAAAGCUCACUGGUAUCACAAUUCAUGACGUCAGAAUAUCUUCAUGCUUAUGAUACAUCCAUUGAUGAUGAGUCUGGUGAAAAAACAGUCAGUGUCCUGUUGGCUGAAGAAGAGUCUGAACUUACAUUCAUCGAUCAUCCUUCUGCUGAGAUGACACCAGAAAAAUGUAUUGCAACGUAUGAACCACAUGCAUAUUGCAUUGUAUACUCAACAACAGAUCGUUCAUCAAUGAGAAUUGCUGAGGAUGUUCUUCAAGCUCUUUGGUGCAGUGAUUUGGUAUCAGCAAGAGCUGUUAUACUAGUUGGAAAUAAAGUUGACCUAGUACGAAGUCGAGAUGUUGCCACUGAAGAGGGCAAGUCAAUGGCAACAGCUUACGACUGCAAAUUUAUCGAGACGUCUGUCGGAAUAAAUCACAAUGUGGAUGAGCUAUUGGUGGGUCUUUUGACGCAAAUACGAUUGAAAUUGGAGAAUCCCGAGAGAACGAGGGAUCUUUUUCGUAAAAGAUCACGUAAAAAUCGUAGCAGAUCACCCCUUGGUUCAUGCUCAGAAAAUAAUUCACCUAAAAAAUUUCGAAAUAGUCGUACAAGUGCAAGUCUCAAGGUAAGAAGUCUUUUAGGCAAAGUUUGGGCACGUGAUAGCAAGUCAAAAAGUUGUGAAAAUCUCCAUGUACUUUAAUUUUUUAUUUUUGUUUUUUCGCCUAUUGUUUUAAAUUAAUUCUUUGAAUAUUAUUAAAUACUCCAAAUAUAAAUGAAAAAAAAAGAAAAAAAAAAAAUGUUUAAUUUCAUUUUUUAACAAGACUGAAAAGAUUUAAAAAAAAAAAAAAAUUAUAUAUAUAUGCACAUGUCAUGAAUUCUGCCUCAUUUUAUCUUCCCAAAAUUCAAAUUAAA